GCAGUACUAUAACCCGGAUGUACACUGUUUAUCUGCAUCCGGUGCCAGAUGUAGCGUUUCCGCUCUCGGCUUUAGCUGCCAAAAAAACCGUAGAAAGAGGGAAAUUCAGAGAAGAACUCCACAAUCCCACAAGGAGUGUUGAGAAGAUGUUGAGGAGGAAACCCACUCGUCUUGAGCUAAAGAUCGAUGACAUUGAAGAGUUUGAGAGUGUCAAAAAGGAGCUUGAGGCCAGGAAGCGUCAGAGAGAGGAGGCAGAGUCAGGAGGCGGCGGUUCUUCUGUGAUCAGUGUUGACAUCAUCAGCGGCGGGCCCUCAGUUUCAGCCUCUUCCUCCUCCACAGCAUCAAGAACAGACCUCAUCAAUGAACGAAUCGGCUACAAGCCGCACCCCAAACCGGCCACUCUGCCCACGCUGUUUGGAAGUUUACAGUUUUAAUGUAAAAUAAAGGCUAUGACAAAACUACUAUGUAACUAUGUACAGACUACAGCAAAACCAAGAAAAAGAAGAUUUAGAUGUUAAUUUUACAAUAUUCAAAUGUAUAAUUUUUUUUUUUAAACUUGAGUUCUGGUUUCACUCUAAACUGAUUUUUUUUAAA